UUAACGUUUGACAAUCAUAUCAGCUGUGUAUUUACGUUUCUGUGUCUCAACCUCGAACCAAAACGUCCCCAAUACAAAGCAAAAAUAUAAAUUUCAUUUAAAUGGCAUUACUGCUACGAAAUCCUCGAAUUUUGUGCAGUACCAUACCGAAAUCAUUCGUAAAAACAUUACAUAAAUCCACCACCGAUGGGGUCGCAACAGAUACGAUCGCCGAAUUCACGGAUGACCUGAUGCUGAAAAAACAACUGAGAUGGGAAAUUCUGUUACAAGAGAAAAAGAAGACAUCUGGCCGUGGAGACUCGUCCAGUUUGAAAGAAGUAACAGCCUUCAUAAAUUUGAUUAAGCGGACAACCGAAAGGUCACUUUCGCAAGUGUCAUUCGUUAGCGUAGAUUUUGAGAAAUUGGACGAGAAACACAUUGAUCACCUAGUAUUGUCGGCCUGUCUAGAUAAAAACACUGAAUUCGUUGAUAAAUUUGUGGAUCAGUGUGUAGAUGGUAAUAAAGUUGUCGGCGAGAAUACAAUGUUGACUGUAUGUGAAUACUUCAGUACGCAUAGAAAUAAUCGAAACUCUUUGAUUAAGCUCAUUGAUCUAUGUAAAGUGAACAACCGACUAGUGUAUGAUCAAAACUGUGAAUUUAAACAUUUCAAAGCGAGACAUUUUUGGGAGAAAGGCAAUUCAGAUGAAGCAUUGACACUGUUAGGUGAGGCACUCGAGCAGGUCCGUGGAUUCAACACACCCGUGCUAACAUCAGUUCUCUCAACAUACCGAUUCAUUGUGAAAGAUACUGUAGACAACAAAAGCGAAGCAAUUUUAGUAAGACUUAUCAGAGCAGCGACUCUCCUACAAACAAGACUGAAUGAAUCCUCCAUUUUGAUAUAUUUAUGGAAAGUGUGCUUUCAAAGUACAUGGUUCAGCAAUCAGGUCGUUGCCGACCAGCUAUUUAGUGAUCACUCAGAAAUACGAAUUGAUGCUGCCCAGAGACGGGGUUUCAUGACGUACAAUGCUUUGUGUAUAGGUGAAGUCGAUAUGGUUCAUAGAUUGAUUCACGCUUUUCUGAAAUUUGAGAUGAGACAAGAGUGCAAACUGGUUUUAGAGCUGUUGUUUGAGUACCAAUAUGCUCAUAAAAACCUGCAAGCUUGCUCCGAAAUUCUUAAAACUACACUUGAACUAGACAUAUACCUGGAUGAUACUUACAGUCAGAAGUUAAUACAUCUACUAACAGGUGGAAAGUUCACCAAUACGAAGCCGAAAAAAGAUGUGACACCUAAAUUUACCUUUAAAUUUUAGAGUUAUAAUAGUUUUUAGACCUAGACAUGUAAAUAAAAGACGAUACCAAAAA